AUGCUUCGACUGAUCACAAGAAUAGGUUCACCAUUAGCCGCCUUAACGGUUGGAUAUUUGGUGUUCCCCAAAGAGUGGAACAAAUCUCAUCAUCUACAAGGCCAUGUGGUUCAUGUCAAUGAAGCAGUUGUAGGACAACUAGAAGAUACCAAUGAGUUCAAAGACUUGCAAAAGAAUGCCAAUUAUCGAUACUAUAGAUUUGGAGAUGCGAUGCCUCUUCAACAUCGGAAGAAUCAUAUUGGUCAUGGGCUUCUCUCAGGACCUGACAUGUUUGAGAUCGAGCCAAUAGCAUUCUUAGAUGAGCAAAAUGGUCAAUUGGUUAGUUUCUAUCAUUUGGGCAAACUACUUACCAGUCAAGACAACCAAAUACAUAAUGGAGUGAUUUCAACUAUUUUAGAUGAAGGUUUAUGUAUCUGUGGAUUCCCCCAAUUGGCCUCUCAGAAGGGUGUUACUGCUCAAUUGGCUAUAGACUUUAAAAAUCAAGCACCUCCAGAUACAACUGUUCGAUUAACUGCCAGGGUUGUUGAGGCGAAGGGGCGUAAAGUUGUGAUUGAUGGAUUCUUGGACACGUUCCCAUUAGAUGGUCUGGACUCUACUCGAAUUGCCGAAGCUCAAUGUGUAUUGGUUGAACCCAAAUGGUUCAGGUAUUUUCUGUGGUUUAAGCUUGUAUAG